AUGGAUCGUUGCGCUGACCGCACUGCCACCGUCUGUGUUGUCAUUGUGCGGUAUGUUGGGUGGCGGUCCCCCCUCUGUGUGGCUUUUGUGGACUUCGGGAGGGCAUUAGGCAGUGUGGGCACGGACAUCGUCUUGGGGCUGGGGGUCCACUGUGUCAUUCCACCUGUGCUCAUGGGCGUCAUCUGGGGGUUGUGCGGGGUCUCAUCCUGCCAAGUUGUUCACAGUGGCGGACUCGCUGGACCUUUUGUGGUGAUGACCGGCGUGGGACAUGGUUGCAUGUUGUUUCCAGCGGUCUUCCCGAUGGUCAUGGGCUGGAUUGUGCGCGGGACAACACAAGACAACACCGGUAUCCAGUACAACUUCAGCAAACAGCUAGAGGAUCUGGACUUUGCAGAUGACAUCAGUCAUAUAUCUCAUCUACAACAACAUGCACAAACCAAACUGAGUAAGCUAGCCGAAGAAGCAGAGGGAAUUGCUUAA